AUGAGUACGAAGUUUUUCGACCUUCUUGAUGCGCGGGCGAAGAGCACCCUGCUCUGCAUUGGCCUGGACCCCCGCUCCAAAACCGCCGAGGACGCCCUGCAGGAGUGCUGUCGCCUGGUGGAGCAGACCCAGGACUACGCCGCGGCCUACAAGCCGAACGCCGCCUUUUUCGAGCUCUUCGGGCCGGAAGGGUGGGGGGUCCUGGCGGCGCUGAUCGCGCGGAUUCCCCCGCAUAUCCCCGUGAUCCUGGACGCCAAGCGCGGCGACAUCGCCUCGACCGCGGACGCCUACGCGAAGUCGGCCUUCGAGCGCCUCCACGCCCACGCCCUGACGGUCUCCCCGUACAUGGGCGGGGACUCUUUGGCGCCCUUUCUUCGCUAUGCCGACCGCGGGGUCUUUGUGCUGUGCAAAACCUCCAACAAAGGCAGCAAUGACCUGCAAUGUUUGCGGCUCGGGGGGAAAUAUCUUUACGAGGAGGUCGCCGAGCGCGCGGAGGGGGUGUGGAAUGGCAACCACAACGUCGGGCUGGUGGUGGGGGCGACGGACCCGGUCGCGCUGGCCCGCGUGCGGGCCUGCGCGCCGUCGAUUUGGCUGCUCGUCCCUGGCAUCGGGGCGCAGGGCGGGAGCCUGCGGGCCGCGCUCCGGGCGGGGCUUCGCUCGGACGAGAGCGGGCUUUUAAUUAAUGUUUCGAGGUCCAUCGCGGCCGCCGAGGACCCCCGGGCCUCGGCGCGGCGGCUCUGCGAGGACAUCAACCUCCUCCGGCGCGCGCGCGACCCGUCGGUGGAGCUCGCGCAGGCGCUGGUGCUCUCCCGCUGCGUUCGCUUCGGCGACUUCACGCUGAAGUCCGGCAGAACCUCGCCGAUCUACAUCGACCUCCGGCGUUUAGUGGGCUACCCCGGCAUCCUGCGGCUCGUCGCGCGGGAGUACGCGAAGGUGCUCCGGGGCUACACCUUUGACCGGCUGGUGGGGCUGCCCUACGCCGCGCUGCCGAUCGCCUCGGCGAUUUCGCUCGACAUGAACGUCCCGCUGAUUUACCCCCGGCGGGAGGCCAAAGGCUACGGCACGAAGGCCGCCAUCGAGGGGGAAUAUCACAAGGGCGAGCGGGUCGUCAUCAUCGACGACCUCGUCUCGACCGGCGAGACGAAGGUCGAGGCCAUCGAGAAGUUGAAGGCCGUCGGGCUCGAAAUCGUCGCGGUGGUGGUGCUGAUCGACCGCGAGAUGGGGGCGAAGGCUUUUUUGAAUAAACUCGGCUACGCCUUCGAGGCCGUCGUCGGGCUCUUUCAGCUCCUCCCGCUCUGGAAGCAAAGCGGGGCCAUCUCAGCCGAGCAGGCCGCGGAGGUCAACCAGUUCCUACAGCAGUUCCGGAGCAAAUUGUAG